AUGAUAUUCAGACGAAAACCAUAUACUAUUGGCUAUAUAGUGAAGGUGAAGAAUCCAAAAGUUAAAUCCAAAGAACGUAAAGUUAAAGCGGAAGUUAAGGCCUCCGCCGGGUCAAAAAUCUAUCCCAGCCCAGUGCGAUCUCUAUAUUAUCGCGGCACAGUUCGAAAUGUUCAUAGCGUUAGUAUUGCUCGGAUACACAUCCUCUGUAAGUACAAGCGUGAUGUUUCAUCACAUACAGUAAACGUUUCCUUACGAAUACUUUUUAAAACAUUUAAAUAUUAUAGUGAUAUUAUUUUACCAAAAAUUGGUCAUUGGAUAGAACAUUUGAAACUGAACAACGAACAAUCUUAUCCACAACUGACUAUUCUCUCUUUAUGUACAAAUUUACAAACGUUAACUCUAUUAAACUAUCACAUUAACGAUAUAGAAUCAUAUGUAGAACAUUUUUCACAUUUAAUCAACUUAAAACUUGAUCUUAUUCAAUCCGAAGAUGAUUUCAAACAACUUUACAAAAUAAAUUUAUGUAAAUAUUUAUUUUCUCGUACAAGUUUAUUAGAAAAAUUAAGUUGUAACUGGAUUUAUAUUAACAAACAUAUUCGACCAUGUAAAAUUGAAGAAUUAUAUAUCAGUUUGAAUACAUUUUCAGAAUUAAUUAUUUUAUUCAACAAUUUGCCUCGCAUUCGAAUAAUGCAUGUUACAUUUCUCAAUGAAGAUUGUAAUGAAAACGAUAUGAAACAUUCUGUAUUUAAAAAUUUAUCAAAAAAGAUUUGUCGUUUAAUUGAUUUUUCUCUAACAAAAAUUCAUUUUUCAUUUGAAAACGAUAUAUUUAUUGUCAAUUUACUUCGACAUCUACCAGCGACAUUAAAACGUUUAUCUCUCGAAAUUACUUUAGAUAAUCAGACACGUCUUACUGAUGGAUACUAUUUGCAACGGGAUAUUUUGUCUCAUUUCUCACAAUUAAUUGAAUUUGAUUAUGCUCUCUACGUUAAAAAUGAGACAUUGUCAGUAUCGAAAAUAAUUUCAACAUUUCAAACUAAAUAUUGGUUUGUUAAAAAAUGGUUAAUUGGUUGUCACUAUAAUGAACAGGUAAAUUCUUACUGUUUAAGAUCACUUCCAUUUUCAUCUGAAUGGAUUCGAGGAAUAUCAAAUGGUUUUCUAAAUCGACAAUUAAACAGUGAUUCUAUCAUUACAGACAUGUCAUUUUAUUAUAAAAAGGUAAAACAGUUAACUAUGUAUGCACCAUUAUCACUAUGUUUGUUCAAAUUAUUAAAUGAAAUAUUAAAGAAUAUCAGUGUAGUAGACGUUAGUCAAUUAGAAAACGAUUCUGAUAUUAUCGUUCAAUGGUUAAAUGAUGAAAAAAAUGAACAAUUUCAGUUUAAAACAAUUCAUACACUUCAAUUCAGUUUAGAAGAUAAUAAAUGGAAUAUGUUUAGAAAACGCUUAAUAUUAUAUUCACCAAACUUAAAAAGAUUAAUUAUUAAUUAUAAAACUAUUUUAAAAAUAACGAAUCAUUAUAAUGAUGUUAAAUUUCAUGUGAUAUUUAAAAAUAUUAGAGAACUUAUUUUAGCCGACUUCUUUGUUGAGAAUGUAUCAGAUAUAGUGAAAUAUUUUAUAAAUGUUCGUUAUUUAAUUAUUAUUCAUCAAGGUUAUAAAACAAAAUUAUUUAAAAUGAAUGAUAUUGUUGAAAUAUUUAUAUUAAUGAAAAAUUUAGCAUACAUUCAGUUACCUUUUAAUCCUGAAACACUUUAUAAUACCAUUAAUUCUAUUUAUAAGCAACUGGAAUUAUGCUAUGAUUGCUUCUAUGUUGACUUUAUUUAUCCAGCCAAAUACAUUCAGAUAUGGAAAUAA